AACAGUGACCUCAGCUCAGACGACGAAGUUUCUGUUGAAGUUGAACAAGAAACAACAGAGGUACCUGUCGCAGUUCAAAACGAAAGUGGGAAUUUGUGGAAUCAGAAAUACCACAUUGAUGACAAAGAAGCCCUGAGCAUGUCGCAACACAAGAAAGUUCUUGAGAGUUCUUCUUCGUCUAGUUCCACUAAUAGUUAUGAAUCUUCUUCUUCCUACGAAGAAGAAGAUGAAGGUGAAAGGGCUUCUGUUACAGCAGCUGACGCUUUGAAUGAUGCCAAUUCUCUACGUCUUGGAAUGGGUGAUUUUGUGUUUUAUAGUGUUCUUGUUGGCCAGGCUGCAACGACAGGAAAUAUUGGAGCAACGAUUGCGGCCGCGUUAGGUGUAGUUUAUGGCCUAUUGGUUACCCUCACAUAUUUCAGUAACGGCGAUGAAACUACGCCGGCUCUUCCGAUAUCUAUAGUGCUUGGAACUGUUUUCCACUACGGCUAUCUGCUCCUCGAGCCAUACAUCAUGCAUUUCAUGGACGUCUUCUUUGAAUUUUUAUUUGACGAACUUCCUUAG